AUGAAUUGGCACUGUGGAGCACCAGCGGUUCUUGCAUCAUUAUUGCGCAAUCUUCGAUUUUGCCAGGCAUUCAACGAGUAUCCUGGAACAUUCGUUGUUGCCGGCUCGUUUUGCUUGCCCAACAAAAUAGAGAAGGAUUACCUCAUCAAGCUACUGCUCACCGGCGACGACGCCGUCGAAAAAAUAAAUCGCUAUUGCGCUUACGUCCAGGAGCUGGUUGUUGAAGGCGGCGGUGAAGCAGUCAUUGAUGUGGGCGUUACAUCUGACACAUGUACGGAACGAGGUAUGAUGGAGCGACAGCUGGAGUUGGCGCAAGAGAAACAUGUUGAACUUAUGCGAGCCCUCGGACUGAUUACAACACGCCUGGUCACUGAGACACAGCGAAAAUUUUGCAACAGCGCAUAUCUGGUUCGAAGUCAGGUUACACCGGACGACUUUAUUGAGGUACGCGUGGCUGUUGUUGGCAAUGUCGAUGCGGGUAAAUCGACAUUGCUUGGAGUUCUCACCCAUGGAGCGCUGGAUGAUGGUCGUGGUCAGGCUCGUCAGAAGCUCUUCCGACACAAGCAUGAGUUCGAGUCGGGCCGAACCUCAUCCGUUGGCAAUGACAUUCUGGGCUUUGAUGCGGUUGGCAAUGUGGUUAAUAAUCCGGAUUCGCACACCGGAAAUCUGGAUUGGCUCUCCAUUUGUCAACAGUCGGCGAAGGUUGUUACCUUUUUUGAUCUGGCCGGACACGAGAAGUAUCUGAAGACGACAAUUUUUGGGAUGACUGGACAUGUCCCUGAAUAUGCCAUGUUGCUGAUAGGUGCAAAUGCGGGGAUUGUUGGGAUGACAAAGGAGCAUCUUUCGCUUGCUCUCUAUCUCGACAUACCGAUAUUCAUUGUGGUCACCAAGAUCGACAUGUGCCCCGAGAAGGUUCUCGCGGAAACCAUGAGCAGUCUGGAGAAGUUGAUGAAAAGCCGAGGGGCUCGCAAAUUUACGGUCCCAAUCAGACGAAUGGAGGAUGUUGUGCGUGCUGCGACAACAUUCAGCGCGGGAACGGUUUGCCCGGUUUUCCAAGUGUCGAAUGUUGUUGGUACAAAUUUAGAUUUGCUUCGAGCAUUUCUGAAUCUCAUUCCUCUGCGUCAGAAGUUCGAGCAGAAUUGCCCCCCUCACUUUCAAAUCGAUGAUGUAUAUUGGGUGGAUGGCGUCGGUACAGUUGUUUCGGGCACAUGCCUGGCCGGAGUGAUUUCGCUGAAUGAUACGAUGGUGAUUGGACCGAACUUACGAGGCGAGUUCAUUCCAAUUCCGGUGAAAUCAAUUCAUCGCAAGCGAAUGGCCGUAAGAAACAUUCGAUCCGGUCAGACAGCUUCAAUUUCGAUCCGGAAGCUAUCCAAGAAGGAGGUCCGAAAAGGAAUGGUGCUCCUUUCCCCGCAGUUUCCGGCCAUUUCUUCAAUCGGCUUCACUGCGGAUAUACUCGUCCUCCACCAUCCAACAACAAUUGCUAAAAAUUACCAAGCAAUGGUGCAUAUUGGCUCGGUUCGCCAGACUGCAACGAUAACUGGAAUGCAGAAGCCGGUGCUGCGCACUGGAGAUCGUGAUCGGGUCUCGUUUCGUUUCAUCCGGCAUCCCGAGUACCUUUGUGUUGGAACGCAGCUGGUAUUCCGUGAGGGCCGAACAAAAGCUGUGGGUAAAAUCCAAGAGAUUUUCCCAUAUAUCGAGAGUACGAUUCCAAAGCAGUUGCGCCCAAAGGCUGCUUUCAAA